GUUGUUCGAGCGCUUGAUCAACUGACCGGUGAAGAGGUGGCUAUCAAAGUAAUCAAGAAUAAACGGUCAUUUUUACAGCAGGCUGAGAUCGAAAUUAAGCUGCUUCGCGAAAUGGCUGUUUUCCAAAUGAACGAUCAAACGGCUGCUGAGGUUGGGGCUAAUUAUAUCGGUGAGUUUCUCCGAUAA